AAUAUUUUUUUUAAAAGCACCUGUAUUGAAUAUAGUGCAGGGAAGAUGGAUAGUGUCUUCAAGGAAAAUGUUAUAGAUCAUAAUAUCUAACCUUUCUAAGAAACCCCAGUAUAGAGUUCAUAUUUCCAUCCUCUCUCUGUCUCUCAUACACAAACACACGGUUCUUAAAUGUACAGGUUGUUAUUAAGACAUGUGCUGCUUAUAUCAGUUACAGUUACUUUGAGAUUAAAAGCAGAAGGAAAUAACCAGUGUGGAAAAGUUUUCUGGUAAUGUUUCAAGCACAAUACAAGGGCUUAAAGACCAUUGUAUAGAAAACCAGCUAGUUUAAGAAUUAAAAGGUGAAAAUAGAGAUGUUAGUGAAAAAAGUAGGAAAGAUUAUUUGUACUAUAGUGUAACUUACAUUAUUUAUAUAGCACCUUAAAAAGAAGCUUUCAGUCUUAAAAGUGCAACUAUUAUGUCAGUAAUUCUGCUGCAUGAUAUUGUUCUGUUGGAUAGACUUGUUCAGUGUUUCUGUGUUUAAUAUAUUUGGAUUUCUGGCUUGGCUUUAACAAGGAACUGUAGAAAUGUGUUCCUGUUAACUUUCUUUGCAACAUUUUGAAAAAUAUCUUAUAUUCUCCAUAGUGUUUUCACAUUUAAAGUUACUUCAGUUCUAUAUGACCCGAGGUAAUACUAUUGAGAAAAAAAAUCAUAGCUAAUAAAAUGUACUCACUUUUUUUUCAUUUUACUGAAUGCUGACAUUCAAUCUUACCUUCUCUUUGAACAAAUGGAGAAUAAGGAAUUACCUUUAUGGUUUUUAUAAUGUGCCUUUUAAAAAAUGUCAUUUCAUGCUGCUCCUGGCAGAAUGUUCCUAUUGUUUGAACACAACUUUCAAAUUCUUCUCCAAAAGCUUCAGAUGCCCAUUUGGUAACAAGACUGGCAGGAUAAAAACAUUGUCACUGUCUUUUUUCUUAUUUGGGAAAAAUAUUUCCUCUUACUGCUUCCAAUGGGAAGAAAUAUAUUUGGACCAACUGUCAAGCUAAUCUAAAUGUUUAAUGCCUUUGGGGUUCUGGAAGUAGAAGAAACUGAAGAAAUCCUGCUCCUCUGGGAACCCAUCCACAUGAUUUAAAUCUGGGCAAAUCUGUAUAUAUACUUAACCUUUUGUUAUUUUAUAGUCACAUGUCUCAGGAAAAAUUGCAUCCAAAUCUACAAUCCAACGUACACUUACUUAGAUGUAUAUCAUUGGCAGUACUAACUCGCCCUUCUGGGAUUUACAUGAAGGAUUUGCAGAUUGCACUGGAUUUGCCUCAAAAAGUUUGUUAAGCAGAAUUACAUGUCUGCUCCCUUUUGAGAGGAUCUCAUUGUUUAUUUAUUUAUUUAUGAAUGAGAAUGAACUCUUAUUUCUAGCAUGUUUACAGGGCUUCUCUAGCAAUAAAAUGUUCUCUGGAACUUUUUAUCUCAUUAAUCUACACUCAGUACUCCAUAACGACAAAGUAAAAACAGAAUUCUAGAAAUGACUUGUAAAUUUAUUAAGAAGAAAAAAAACCCUAAAUAUCACAUUGGCAUUAAAUAUUCAGAGCCUUUGCAACAAUACUUGAAAUUUAUCUCAGGUGCUUCCCAUUCUCUUGAUAGUUGAUGACAUGUUUCUACACCUUGAUUGGAGUCAAUCUGUGCUAAAUUAAAUUGAUUGGACAUGAUUUGGAAAGAAACACAACUCUCUAUAGAAGGCCUCACAGCUAACAAUGCAUUGCAUAGGGUAGCAGAGCGAAAGCCAUGAGGUUAAGGGAACUGCCUGCAGAGCUCAGAGACAGGAUUAUUGCAAGGCACAGAUAUGGGGAAGGCUACAGUAAAAUUUCUACUGCAAUGAAAGUUCCUAAGAGCAUAGUGUCCUCCAUAAUUCUCAAAUGGAAGAAAUUUGGCUCAACCAGGACUCUUCCAAGAGCUGGUUACCCGGUCAAACUGAGCAGUCAGGGGAGAAGGGCUUUAGUAAAAGAGGUGACCAAGAACCCAAUAGUCACUUUGACUGAGUUCUAGAGAUCCUGUGUGGAGAUGAGACAGAGUUCCAGAAGGACAACCAUCACUGCAGCCCUCCAUUGAUCUGGACUUCAUGGCAGAGUGGCUAGAUGGAAGCCUCUCCUCAGUGCAAAAUACAUGAAAGCCCACUUGGAGUUUGCAAAAAAGCACCCGAAGGACUCUUAGACUGUGAGGAACAAGAUUCUCUGCUCUGAUGAAACCAAGAUUGAACUUUUUGGCCUCAGUUUUAAAUGUUAUGUUUGGAGGAAACCAGGCACUGCCCAAUAUCAUCCCAACAGUAAAGCAUAGUGGUGACAGCAUCAUGCUGUAGAGGUGUUUUACAGCAGCAGGGACUGGGAGACGAGGGUUGAGGGACAACUGAAUGGAGCAAAGUACAGGGAUAUCCUCAGUGAAAACCUUUUCCACAGCGUUCAGGACCUCAGGCUGGGCUGAAGAUUCACUUUUUAACAUGACAAGGAUCCUAAGCACACAGCCAAGACAACACAGGAGUGGCUUAGGAGCAACUCUGUGAAUGUCCUAGAGUGGCCCAGCCACUGACUUGAACCCUAUUGAACAUCUUUCAAAAUGUCUGUCCACUGACGGUCGCCAUCCAACCUGAUUGAGCUUGAGAGGAUUUGCAUGGAAGAAUGGCAGAACCCCCACCCCCUCCAAUCCAGAUGUGCAAAGUUUGUCGUGUCAUACCCCAAAAGACUCAAGGCUGUAAUUGCUGCCAGAGGUGCUUCAACAAAGUACUGAAUGAAGGAGCUGAAUACUUAUGCCAAGUAUUGCAUAACACAAUAUACAAAAGUGAGAGGGGUCUGAAUACUUUCUGAAUAUACUGUAUUUAUGUUAAAAUAUUGUAUGUAUAGCACAAUGUUGGUUUAAUCAUUGUGAUGAAUGCCUUGGAUCCUGCAGUUGUCUCUGUAGUUCCAAAAAGAUUGUAUAGGUGACAUUGUGAGCCAGCUUUCAUCUAUAGAAAAUGAAAAGAAAAGAAAUGAAAAAAGGGCACAGAUAUUUAAAUACAAGCUUGGGCUAAAGGUUACAUGCAAAAGAUCACUUCAUGUUUCUUUGGCUGACUGAACUUGCUCUUCCUGUAUGUAAACACAUUGACUUCACUAUUUUUUCUGUGGUUUCCUCUUUUAUCAAUAGUACGAUUAUAAUCCUUUGCUCAUGUUAACCCUGUAAAUUUUUCUCAUAAAAAUGCAAGUAAAAUCUGUUUUGAUUGUAUCCUGUUUUAAUGCAGGUUAUUCAAAAGGAUUGUGGUUUGAAAUAAUGGAUGAACAAUCACAGGGUCUGCCCGGUCCUCCUGCGUCUCAGUUUCAGCCACAGAAAGCCUUACGACCUGACAUGGGCUACAAUACUUUAGCCAAUUUUCGGAUAGAAAAGAAGAUUGGCCGUGGACAGUUUAGUGAAGUCUACAGAGCUACAUGCUUGUUGGAUGGUGUGCCAGUAGCUUUAAAAAAAGUGCAGAUAUUUGAUUUAAUGGAUGCAAAGGCACGUGCUGACUGUAUUAAGGAAAUUGAUCUCCUUAAGCAAUUGAACCACCCCAAUGUAAUCAAAUAUUAUGCAUCAUUUAUUGAAGACAAUGAACUAAACAUUGUGCUGGAAUUAGCAGAUGCUGGAGACCUUUCUAGGAUGAUCAAGCAUUUUAAGAAGCAGAAGAGGCUGAUCCCGGAAAGGACAGUUUGGAAAUACUUUGUUCAGCUGUGCAGUGCCUUGGAACAUAUGCAUUCUCGGCGUGUCAUGCAUCGAGACAUCAAGCCAGCAAAUGUAUUCAUUACUGCUACAGGAGUAGUAAAACUUGGAGAUCUUGGAUUGGGAAGAUUUUUCAGCUCUAAAACCACAGCUGCACAUUCUCUAGUGGGAACACCUUAUUAUAUGUCUCCAGAAAGAAUCCAUGAAAAUGGGUAUAACUUCAAAUCAGAUAUCUGGUCUCUAGGAUGUCUGUUAUAUGAGAUGGCUGCAUUGCAAAGCCCCUUCUAUGGUGACAAAAUGAACUUGUAUUCUUUAUGUAAAAAGAUAGAACAAUGUGAUUAUCCACCCCUUCCGUCAGACCACUACUCAGAAGAACUCCGACAAUUAGUUAACAUCUGCAUCAACCCAGAUCCAGAGAAACGACCAGAUAUAACCUAUGUUUAUGAUGUAGCAAAACGCAUGCAUGCCCGCACAGCUACCAGCUAAAAGAUUUGCCUUGUAGGAGGAACAAAAACAAGUGAACAUUUAAGCAUUGAUAUGCUUUCUCCCAAUUUUUUUAUUGUCUAUUGCUUUAAAUUUGCUUGUGUGUCAAGGUUAUAUUAACACCUUUGUUACAUAAUUUACAAGUAAAGGAUACUUAUAUUUUUAAAUUUUAAAAUAUGAGACAGUUUUAAAGAUAAGUAAAUUGUUACAAUUUAGAGUAAUUGCAGUUCAUUUAUAUACUAUGCAAUUAUUGAAUAAAGGGGAAACAUUUUUAUAUAGCUUUAACUUUUGUCUAACAAGUCUAAGUUGCUGGUUUUCUUAGGAAGAUAAUAGUUUAAUUCCUACAAGCAAAAUUUUAAAUGUUGAAUGUUGUAAUAAUUUAUGGAUAUGAAUAUGAUGAAAGCAUAAUUAUUGAAUUUAUUAUUCAUUAGUAAAUUUAUUGUUGGUUUUCUUUCUACUCCUUUCCCAAAAAUGUAAAAUUUUUUUUUUAAAAUAAUGUAUAGUUUUGCUUGUCAAAAAUGUGUAUUUAUUUGACAUUAGCUUUAAGGCAGUUUUUGAAUGUGAAAAUGUGGCUUUUUCAACUGGGUUGUUGUUUUUUUGUUUUGUUUUUUUUGUUUUUGGCAUAUUGUCCCACACUGGGGAAACAAAGGAGAAGAAAUCUGGUCAAAUUGUGUGUUAUCUAAUCUUGUACUGUAUUAUAACCCCAAUCCCUAAUUUUGAUUUUAAGAACUGAGAGAAUUUGCACAAUGUCGAGGAGUUAGAAUCAGUCAUCAGGUUAGGAGGGAUGUUGAGGAUCCACCUGGUCUCUACUAUCUCCCUGACAGAUGGUUUAAACUAGGGGUGCCAAACUGGCAGCCUGUGAGCCAAAUGUGUCACAUGCAGACCACGCCCACCCUGGUUCCGCAAAAGCAAAAAAGUCACAAUACAUCGCAAUACGUCAUGUGAUGCAAUUGAGUUGGACACCUGUGGCUUGGAAAGGAGCAUUUAAUGACUCCCAAGUCAGCUUGUUCCACUGCCUUAAGGUUCAAGCUUGUAGCUGUAGUGUUAAUCAUUCUCCAAAUCUGUGGCUACUAAGCUCCAGUUAUAAAUUAGUUUUCUUGUCAGUAUUACAUUGCUAAACACAUAAAAACUAGUAGAGUACUUAACUUUGGGCUGGAUAGGUAUGUAUAUUAAUUGCAUUGGCAUAGAUGACUCCCAAAAACCUAAGAGAUUGGGGUUUAAAAGACAUUUGCUUUGAAGAACAGUAUUUUCUACAACAUAUACAAUUGGAUGAACCAAGGCCACUUCCCAAGCUGUGCAAUGUAGUUUCUUCCUAGCAACAUCCAGCCACUGCUGAAAUAAUAUAAAGCUGACCUCAUUACUAUUUACUUUGGCACUCUGAUGCUUGGAUGACUAUAGACAUUACAGAAGUAGUUAUGUGUGGGAAAAUAAUCCCAGGAUAUUUGAAAUAUGAGGGACACUUAAAAUAAAUGACUGUCAUUUGGAAGAUCCUUCAAAUUGUUUACAUAGGAUGAUUUCUCCAUAUGCUGAAUGGAGGCCAUUGUGUAUGUUUGUUUAUAUAAUCAAGAGCCUAAUGAUAAGGUUAAAUUAUGAUUGUGGUUAAGACUCAUGGCCACUGCUGGGCAGGAUUUGAUAUGAAUUAUCUAUUACGGUGAAGGUAUCUGCUUUGAAAAUCCUUUAUUAAUUUAAAAGACAAUAAUAAUUGUCUGGAACUAAGAAAAAUGUUUUGAAUUGGUGAAGUUUUUGUUAGACUUUAGAAUGACCUGAAAUGAAAUAGAUCAAUAAAGCAAUAAAUAGCAUGCUAUCAUGAAAGGGAAGAAUAUUAAUUUAUAACUUCAAGAAAUUAUAUAGCUGAAGGUCUAAUUGUUUAACAUGUUGAAGAUCAUAAACAAGGCUUCCCUAAGAAAGCGUCCCCCUGUCAUUACACUGCAGUUCUCAAAAAUCUGCAUCUAACACAUUGCCCAAUUGUACCAAUUCAUCAUUUAUUUCAGUCACAUACAUGACUAUAAAGCUAUGCGAUUUCAUGAUUACAGCCAGCCCAGGUCUGUCCCUCUUGCGAUGAUCUAAGUAAAACAUAAAAUACAUGCCCAGCUGUCUCUUAAAGGUUUUAUCCAUUUCUCUACUCUUACUGUUCUAUUCUAGCUAGAUAACUGAUUUUUUUUAAUCAGGGUUUCUUAAUACAAGUUUAGUGGGAAUAAUGAGGUCUGAUGGUCACUAAUUGGACAGGUAUGAAACACAUGCUUUUUGUUGCAUCAGCUUAUGUUAAUGUGAUUUUAAAUUCUAUGUCCAGUAAUAUUUGGAGUAGAGUUAAAACUUUAGUACAACAUCUAGUCAUAGAAACCAUGAGGGAGAAACUUGAAAUUUUGCCUUCUCCCUUAGCACAUGUUUGACUUCUCAGGAAAAUUCAAAGAAAAUGAAAAAUGCUAAUAAUGUCUGUAAGAUUCUUUACUUUUUUUGCUAGGAAUAAAACCAACAUAAUAUUUGUUAAAACAUUGAAUAAAAUAAUAUCCCAGUCCCUUGUUCCCACCACAACUUUCAUGCUUUUAUAUGCAAAAAUACUUCAGAAUUCUGUAUUUUUUUCCCAUUGAAGAGAAGAAGCAGUAGCAUUUAAAACAGCAUUAUCUUCAUGUGGCUUUCUGGCAUGCAUAUUUGAAAAAGAGGUUUACUGAAUUUACUCCAAGUAUGUAUCACUAAUUGUGUGUGCACACAUGCAUGUGCACACAUGCAUAUAUCACUGUCUACACAAAAUACUUUGGGGAAUUGUUUCUAAAAAUAAAUGUUGGGAAUAAUGAUGACAUUAAUUCCAAUGUAAACCAAAAACAUAUCUGUAAAAAUAUCUGAUAUUGAUAAAAAAUAUGUGGAUGCGUAUGUAAAACAAUUGCAUUAGUAUGAAAAGGUUACCGGUUUCAUAUAUCUGCUGUUAGCAUUAGACGUAGUGGAUAGCUUGCUCCAAUCCCACUACAUACUGGCAAAACCAAGAUCAA